AUGAGGUGGCUGUUGGUGUGGACCGUGAUUACGAUUAGAAUUCAAGCACAGCCGAAACAACGUAUCGCUGAAGGUCCAAGCGAUACUAGUGUAAGACUUGGCGAAACCGUUGUGCUUAAUUGUCGAGUUGAAGCACAGCAAGGAGCCGUGCAGUGGGUGAAGAAUGGAUUUGGUCUUGGGAACGACAGGCAGUUGUCAGCGUUUAAACGAUACAGUAUGGAAGGAAGUACGAGUAAAGGCGAAUAUAAUUUGCGUAUAUCCGAUGUUGAUAUUGAAGAUGACGACGUUUAUGAGUGUCAGAUUCAGGCAGCUGGCAAUAAUCCAUCGCGUAUUUCUAAUGCUGCUAAACUGAAUGUUUUAGUUGAACCUCAGCCACCAAAAUUGCAAUCUGGAGGAUCGGUGUUAAAAGCGACGGCCGGUCAACUUCUACAACAAUCAUGUGUAAGUGAACGAGGAAAACCACCUGCGGAUGUUCGUUGGGCUAUCACUGACGAUGCAGCAGCAACAAAAGUGCUCGAAUGGUUGGACGAUACAAGCCAAAAUGUGAAUAAAGGUCUUGUAGCUCGCUUCGUAAUCCGAAGAAGGUUCGUAUUACGGAAGAGGUGCGUCGAACAGAUGAACGCACCUAUACAGUCAUCAACAACAUCACGUUUUUUUACGCCACGAUCCGAAGAUGAUCAGAAACAUUUGGCAUGUAUCGUUACACACGAAACGUAUCCUUCAAUGAAAUCUCAGAGUGUUUUGCUUGAAUUGAAUUACGCACCAAAACUUGAAAUCAAAUUAGAUAAUACAUCAGUUUUACGUGAACACGGCUCAGCGAUGCUUUCAUGUAACGUUCAAGCAAAACCUUUCGAGAAUGUUGAAAUUAUUUGGUAUCGUAAUGGAAGGGCGAUAAGCUCUGCAAAAACUGACACACUAUCAUUUUCCGAUUUGCAAAUUGAUCAUCACCAGUCACAGUAUGUGUGUUUAGCGAGGAAUUCGAUCGGUGAAUCAUCAGCAUCGUACAUUUUCAACAUUUCUUAUGGAGCGCAUAUUACGUCAGUGGAACAGCAUCAAGCAGUCAGUCCUGGGGAAGAUGCAUUCUUUCAUUGUGAGGCGAUUGGCAAUCCAAAACCAUCAGUAAAUUGGGUAAAAGUUGGUGACAAUCAAACUUUGGCUCGCGGCAACAAGUUUGUUUAUUCUUUUUUUUCCUUUUUUACAAUCCGAUCAGUGCAGAGCUGGCAUAGAGGUGAAUACGAUUGCAUUGCCAAAGUUGACGGUUUUCCUCCGGCUGUCCUCACUAAUUAUUUGCACAUUCGUGGUGCACCCUCAGUGAGCCUCACCGAAGAGAUCGUUGCGGGUGUCGGUGAAAGUGUUGAAAUAAUGUGUGAGGUGCACCAAGUGCCGAGACAAUUUGGCGUCGAAAGUAAACUCAUCAUACAGAGUUUAAAAGAAAUCGAUUUUGGAGUUUAUAAUUGCACGGCAAUUAACGAGUUUGGUCAGGAUUUCCAAACGAUGCAACUGAUGAAGAAAAGUGUCGUUGAUGUGAUGAUCAUUACACCUUAUGGCAAGCAGUUCGUUAUUGGUGCAUUUUCAGAAGUGCUACCCUGGACCUAUGCUGUACCAGUUGCUUUGCUUCUAUUUGCGCUAUUUCUUUUGAUCGUUUGUUGUAUGUUAUGGAGGUGCUGUCGGAAGAAGUAUAAAAAAGCAACAAGAUUCAAUGACGUCAAUUAUUGCAUUAAAUGCUUGAUGUCUAUUCGCAGUCUUAAAGCGAUCCUCGUUUCUGUUGCAGAUGAACAAAUGGACGUGACAGUUAAGUGCGAGGCACUGGAUGGCGUUCAGUACUUUCCUGAGAUGUACACUUCACCAGCACUCGAAAACCCUGAGUUAAUGUGCACUAAGGACUAUGUGCCUAUUCCACAGAACAAUCCCGACCUCGAUUACCUACCUCCACCGGCAUUUGUUGGUAACAUCUAUCAACCGUAUUUCAAUCAGCCUGUCGAAUGUGCCUUCGAUCAUCCAAAUGCUCGUUUCGAACCUUCAUACGGCAGCUUCACUUCGGGUAUGAGCACACCGGCAGGAGCGACACUUUGCGAUAUGUAUGCCUGCAACUCCUCACGAGUCGAGGGGCCACCAUUAGAGACUCUAACAGAAUUAGCGACACCGGAUAUGGAAAGUGGUAUGCCGUUAUUACCGAACGGAGUACGUCUUCAUGAACGACCAAUGAGCCGAACGUCAACUCACGUCUGA